AGAUGUGAAGUUGCAAUUAUAAACAGGAUUCUGCUGCACUAAAGGAAGAAGGGAAGGCAAUGAGCCCCAAGGUAUCCAGUGUGGAGCCUUGCUGAGUGUGGCACUUCAAGGGUUGGACAGCCCUGUUGGAAGGUCAUAAGUGUGAAGGUGAAAGAUAAAGCAGGCAUCUGGCUGAUGAACAGGGUGGCGAGGCCUCCGGGGCCAGCGGGGGCGCAGGCGCAGGCGCAGACCUGGGAACCGGAGGAGGAUGAUAUGGCCGAAGGCGAUUUAGGGUAUGGCCUCAGAAGAAGGCCCGGCGCUAUUUAUGAAGUGCAAAUUUCACCUUUAUUUACAUCUAGAAAAAGAUCAGAUGAAAGAAACUUUAGCCCUCCCCCAUUUCCAGGAAAGGGAGAAGAAAGAAGUGGUGCGGUUUUUCAAUGUUCCAGGCCUAAGGGCUUGCAAUAUACACACCCCGUCGGGUCCAGAACCUGCCGUUACAGACGACAGAGCAGUCCCGAUUCUAAUUCAGAAUUAUCAAGUGUAGAAUUAAAGCAACGUCUUGAGGAAACAUUAGAGGAGGUAGAAAUUUUAAAAACUGAACUUGAGGCAUCUCAAAGACAACUUGAAGGUAAAGAGGAAGCACUGAAAAUCCUUCAAAGCAUGGCAAUAUUUGACAAAGCCACAAGUCAUACCCAGGUGGUACUUCAAAAAACUAUGGAACAAAAGAGAUCCUUGGAGAAGGAACUAAAUGCCUUGCAGUGGAAAAUAGAAUUUGAUCAGAAUAGAUUUAAAAAUAUAGAGGAAUCUUGGACCCAAAAGUAUGACAGGCUCGACUGUGAAAGCGCAGUCCUCAAAGAAACUUUGAAACUAAAAACAGAAGAGAUUAAAAUGCUGAAGUCUGAAAAUGCAAGUUUGAAUCGACAGUAUUUGGAAGCCCUUGCUAUGCUUGAUAUCAAACAGCAGAAGAUGGUUCAGGAAACCAUGUGCAAUGAUAAAAGUGACUUUACAGAGGCUUCAGGUCUUGAGCUUGUGGUCCUUGGAGCCUGCCUUUGUCAUGGUCCCGGAGGGAACCCCUGUUCCUGUGCCAAAAUGGCGGCGUCUGCUCAGAAAAUGCUUCUUCAGCUCAAACAGGAGCUGGAACUUUUGCAGAAGAGUAAAGAAGAAGCAUACAUAAUGGCAGAUGCAUUCAGAAUUGCGUUUGAGCAACAAUUAAUGAGGAAAAAUGACCAGGCACUAAGAUUAACACAAAUGGAUAAAGUGUGUAAAAAAGAAACAAAAUGGAUAAAUUGGAAGCAAGUUAAAGAGGAUGGAUUACUAUCACAAAGGACGAAGAAGACCUUAGGGCAGAGACUGCUGGGGAUGCUCCCUUUGGAAAACAGUUCUAAGAGGACUGAAGACCAGGAUAAUCCUCAGGAAGUCUUUAAGAUGCUAAUAGAUUUGCUGAACGAUAAAGAAGAAGCUUUGGCUCAUCAAAGAAAAGUUAGUUACAUGCUUGCUCGGGCAUUGGAAGACAAAAACACAGGCUCAAAAGGGAACAAUGACAAUUUUCCAUUAAAACACUGCCAGCAGAAAACUACAGAGCUCUCUGUCUUGCGUGAUCCUGUACCUUCAAGUGUUCAAAUUUUUAAUUCUCUGGGCUGCAUAUGUCUACCCCAGCAUCUUCAUACAGGUCAAAAUGACACAAGAACUCUGAAAAGAUCCCAUUCUUUGCCAUCAAAUAUGUUUUGAAGACAAACCAGUUGAAAUUAGAACCAAGAACUGUUUAUAUCAAGAGACUUUGAAAAAGGAUUGUGUAAACAUUGUUACAUAUUCAGAAAUUGUAUGUUUUCUGGUUAUUUCUAAAUUUUAGGAGGCAGCUUAAAUACUCAAAUGUUUGCUACAAGAAAUUUAUUAGUAUUCUGUGUAGACAUAUUUUAUUUGUAAAAUACAUCACUAUAUUUUAUAAAAUUUCCAGUAUUUUACCAAUAACUGAAAAACAGAAAUAUUGUAUUGGGUUGGCCAAAAAGUUUGUUUGGUAUUUUUCCAUAAGAUGGCUCUAGUCAUGCUUAGCUGCCCUUAAACUUUAUUCAAAGCAAUUUUGUUAGAUUUUGUUCUGACAGCUGUCAUAUCAGUGUGUGUUUAAAAAAAUCUUAUCAAAAUUGGUGAGUUUAUGUGUAGCCAUUUUAAUAUUGAAGAUGGAA